CUUUUUCUCUAGCUUUUUCCUUUUCCUCUCUCUUUUCGCUUUUCCUCCUCCAUCUGAUUUUUUUCAUCUUCCAAACAAUCUCAUUAACAAUGAGUGAUGAGGCUUCCAAAAACGAUACUGUAGGCGUCCCCGAAGCUGAGGCCGAUCUUCCCGCUGCCGCAGCCGCUCUGAGUCCCGAGGAUCGUGCCGAUCUGGUUAAUGCGCUCAAGGAUAAACUUCAGCUCUUGGCUGGGCAGCAUGUGGAUAUCCUUGACACACUGUCACCCAAAGUCAGGGAACGCGUGGAGUUUCUCAGAGGCCUGCAGAGCCAACAUGAUGAGCUGGAAGCAAAGUUUUUGGAGGAGCGAGCUACAUUGGAAGCUAAAUACCAGAAGCUUUAUGAACCACUUUAUACAAAGAGGUAUGAAAUUGUCAAUGGCAUAGUCGAGGUUGAGGGAAUUACGGAUGAAGCAGGGACAGAUGAAGAGAAAGUUACGGAAGAGAAAGGAGUUCCAGGCUUCUGGCUAACUGCAAUGAAGACCAAUGAGACAUUUACCGAUGAGAUCACUGAACGUGAUGAAGGAGCUCUCAAGUAUCUUAAGGAUAUCAAGUGGAGUAAACUUGACGAUCCCAAGGGUUUCAAGCUGGAGUUCUUUUUUUCUACAAAUCCGUAUUUUAAUAAUCCGGUUCUGACAAAAACAUAUCACAUGAUCGAUGAUGAUGAUGAUCCUAUAUUAGAAAAAGCAAUAGGAACCGAUAUUGAAUGGUAUCCUGGAAAGAACUUGACACAAAAGAUUUUAAAGAAGAAGCCAAAGAAAGGGUCAAAAAAUGCUAAACCUAUCACGAAAACAGAAAAAUGUGAAAGUUUUUUCAACUUUUUCCACCCACCCCAGAUCCCUGAGGAGGAGGAUAUUGAUGAUGAUGAUGUUGAAGAGCUUCAGAAGUUGAUGGAACAUGAUUAUGACAUUGGUUCUACAAUUCGGGAUAAAAUUAUUCCCCAUGCUGUGUCAUGGUUUACUGGGGAGGCCGUACAUGAUGAAUAUGAGGAUAUAGAAGCUGAUGAAGAUGAUUAUGAAGAAGAUGAAGAUGAUGAUGAUGAAGAGGAGGAAGAGGAAGAAGAUGAAGACCAGGAACAGGAAGGCAAAAACCGGAAGAAGAAAAGUGGCCGGGCUAGGCCUGGAAAAGGUCAGCGAGGUGAACAGCCUCCUGAAUGCAAGCAGCAAUAGGGUCGGGGUUGCUGUUGCAGACAUAGAUAGGUCCACUGUCAAUGGAGUAAAUAUAUACUGUGGAAAGUUCUAGUUUACUUCGGUCAGAACUUACAAGCUACAAUCGAAAUUUUUAUUGUGUGGUCUUUUUUAAGUUGAUUUCUUGGGCACGUGAUGAGGUUUUCUUGGUUCCCUUCGGUUUCGUUGUGAUGUGGAUUUUAUUUCCAUCUUCUUUGAAGUUAGAACUAUUAAUGUGUGCUUUGUCCAUAUGCGUUGUGUAUUAUACGACAUUGUACAGAUAUUCUUACUUUACUCUGCUUAUUCUACAAAAGUUCAAAUUCUGUCAACUUGUCUGUAUAAGAAAGAACAAUAAAAGUCAUACCCUUGGAUCAGGGUACUUGAAUGA